GUCCACCACCAUUACUCAUACUCAAUCUUUUUUCAAAAAUCUGGGUUGUGUGGAGAUGAAUUCCUUAGCAUUUUCACUUGCUAAUUACACAAAACUCAAAAUAUCAAACACAUCAUCACUACCCAUCACUACAAAUCUUGACACACCAGCAAAUCUGAGGCUGGCAUCCUCAGCCCAGAGGCUAGAAACUCUGAGUUCUGAUGAACCAAAUGUGGUGAGGAGAAGAGAAGCAAUUGGUGUUGGAUUUUGUGUAUGCAUUGUUGAUCUUCUUUUGCUGUCAAGACCAAGUUCAGCAGCUGAAGCAGGUCCGUGCGAGCUCACUGUUGCUCCUUCUGGCCUGGCCUUCUGCGACAAGGUUGUGGGCUUUGGUCCUGAGGCUGUUAAGGGACAGCUUAUCAAGGCACAUUAUGUUGGGAAAUUGGAGAAUGGAAAGGUAUUUGAUAGCAGUUACAAUAGAGGAAAGCCUCUCACAUUUCGUGUAGGCGUUGGUGAGGUGAUUAAAGGAUGGGAUGAAGGAAUUGUUGGUGGUAAUGGAGUUCCUCCUAUGCAAGCCGGAGGAAAACGUAUUUUGAAGAUUCCUUCAGCACUGGGAUAUGGCAUUAGAGGUGCUGGCUGCAAAGGAGGGUCAUGCAUCAUUCCUCCGGAUUCAGUUCUGCUGUUUGAUGUAGAGUUUGUUGGGAAGGCAUAAAAUGCUAAUCUUCUUGCCUUUGUAUAUUACUAUUUGAGAAGCGAAGCGCAUUGUUUAUAUUCAUGUAAUUAAUCACACUUUUAUAUUUGUAUUUGUAUUUUUAUA